GGAAAGACGGGAAAUGCUGUGUGAAAAUACCAAUCCCAAAGUUCUUGGUAAACUGCAGCCAGAGGGACUCAGACUAGAAUGGAGGUAGGAAGAGCUGGGUCAGAUUGGGCUUAAUCUUAAGCUUUUCUUUGGGCUGAGUUUCUGUUGCUUGUUAACUUAGGGCAUUUACACUGCACUGCUCACUGGUGGUGUGGAGGCUGGGGCAGAACCAACAUCAAUGUACUAAGCCAGCUUUUGGAAUACCAGUGUGUGUGCAUUCAGAGUGUUUUUACUAAAGGGGAGCAAGAGCCUAGCACAGAUCUUAACUUCAUCACCUGACUGCAAAACCAGAAGUUAAGAAGCAGCAUCUUAAAGGUCCUUUUUUUUAGAGAGAGGUCUUGAGAUGGCUCUGAACAAUUGUUCCCACCUGAACUUGGAAGUGGACUCUUUCCUGUACUGCAACAACACCUUCAAUCAAAAUCUGAAUACCCCCAAGAUGGACAACUGGUUCCACCCGGGAAUCAUUUAUAUCAUUCCUGCAGUUUAUGGGAUUAUCAUCGUGAUAGGCCUCGUUGGCAACAUCACCUUGAUCAAGAUCUUCUGUACAGUCAAGUCCAUGCGAAAUGUGCCGAACCUGUUCAUCUCUAGCCUGGCUUUGGGAGACCUGCUACUGCUGGUAACAUGUGCCCCUGUGGAUGCCAGCAAGUACCUGGCUGACAGAUGGCUUUUUGGCAGGAUCGGUUGCAAACUGAUCCCCUUUAUCCAGCUUACCUCAGUGGGGGUGUCUGUCUUCACACUUACGGCACUGUCCGCAGACAGGUACAAAGCCAUUGUCCGGCCAAUGGAUAUCCAGGCAUCACAUGCCCUGAUGAAGAUCUGUCUCAAAGCUGCCUUGAUCUGGAUCGUCUCGAUGCUGUUGGCCAUCCCAGAGGCUGUGUUUUCUGACCUCCAUCCCUUCCAUGUGAAAGAUACCAACCAAACCUUCAUUAGUUGUGCCCCCUACCCACACUCUAAUGAGCUGCACCCCAAAAUCCACUCUAUGGCUUCCUUUCUGGUUUUCUACAUUAUCCCACUGUCAAUCAUCUCUGUUUACUACUACUUCAUUGCCCGAAAUCUGAUUCAGAGCGCCUACAAUCUUCCCGUGGAAGGCAAUAUACAUGUCAAGAAACAGAUCGAAUCCCGGAAGCGACUUGCCAAGACAGUACUGGUGUUUGUGGGCCUCUUUGCCUUCUGCUGGCUCCCCAAUCAUGUCAUCUACCUGUACCGCUCCUACCACUACUCUGAGGUGGACACGUCCAUGCUCCACUUUGUCACCAGCAUCUGUGCCCGCCUCCUAGCCUUCACCAACUCCUGUGUGAACCCCUUUGCCCUCUAUCUACUGAGCAAGAGCUUCAGGAAGCAGUUCAACACUCAGCUCCUCUGCUGCCAGCCUGGCCUGAUGAACCGCUCCCACAGCACUGGCAGAAGUACCACCUGCAUGACCUCCUUCAAGAGCACCAACCCCUCGGCCACCUUCAGCCUCAUCAACGGAAACAUCUGUCAUGAGGGGUACGUCUAGACUAACCCUUCAAACUUGCCUCCUAAGGGACUCCAGAUUUUGUUUUAUGGAAGCCCCGGAAUCGGUUGUUAUCUCUGGACCUUCCGAAGACCCUUCAGGAGGCUGAGUGAUGCAGAUGGGUAGAAGUGAUGACCAAAUGCAUCAACUAGUAUUGUAUCUCAAAGUAAGCCAGUAGGCUUCCUUUUCCAUCUCAGCCUGGGAGGGCUUUUUCUGAUGGCGAUCAAAUUUUCCUUUAAAAAAGAAGGAACAAAUUGGAAAUUAUUAUUCAAAGCACCAAGUCCUGCAAUGCAAGUAUGGUCAGUUAAGUCAUAGGAAUUAUAUGAGCAAAGAGAGCCGAGAAACCACACACUGAAUAUCUACUCUGUGAAAGAUUUUAUUUAAACAGAAGCUGAUUGCUUUCAAAACACGGCUUGACUCUUUUUUUCCAGAAAUAUCUAUAAUAUGUAAACCAAGGGACAACUUUAAUUUACAUUCCUAAAAUAAGAAGCCAACUCCAAAAAAGAGUCCCAUCUAUGAGGAAUGGACUUCAUUAAUAACAUUGGAAGCCAGUGUAAUAUAAAACAAACCUCUAAAUAUUGACUUUUAAAAAGAUGUUGCUGAGGACAUAGGAGAAACACCCAAUAUAAAUUGUAAGGCACAAUACAACCAAACACAUGGUCCAUAUAUGGAUAUAGAGCAACAGUUUAUGUUCUGACUUCUUGUUUCAUAGGAAUUCGGGUUGUUAACCCAAUUUGGGCUAUUGUAGUGUCAUUCUGCCAUUUAGGUGAAAUUUUUUUGCGGGGAAAAUGUUCAUUUUAUCCAAGUAACAACUAUUUAUAAAUGUAUAAAGGAUGGCAUUUAUUCUUGGUGUACAUGUUUUGAAUCCAGUACCUUUACUUAGGUUUAAUUGUGUUUGCUACGGUGAAGCAGGAGUUUCAAUAUGAGGAAGAUCAUAACUGUAGAGAAGUAAAAUCAUGUUUAUAUUGGAUGUAUAGUUCCCCAAAAAUGUGUGGAGGAAAUUAAUGUAGUUUUAUUAACAUGAAUUUGUGUCUAAACAUGUCUACAAAACAGUCACAGAAAGCUUAAAUUUUUGACCCAACCAAAAAAGGUACAUAUUUGUUUCUAUUUUAAAAGACUGUGCAUGAAAUAGCCCACAUGCAGAUAAAGACUGGACCGGUGGCUCCAUCUCUCUCUAAAUGCAUAGAAAGUACCCUGUAAAGUUUGGACUAUCUUACUUGAGAAAUCCUUCUUUGACUUUUUCUGAACUUAAAGAAGGGCCAAUUCUGACAGACUGUGAAUAUGCAGACUCACUUGACUCUAAAUCCAAGUUGUACAAGUGUUUCUUAAUGUGUAUCCCUUAAAUCCUAAGGCAAUUUUAUUUCAAGCUUUCUCUGCCUGGGUGAUAUAUAAACAGCAAGCACAUAGCACAUAUAAAAAGCUUUCUGUCGGUUGAUGCGGGGAAGCACUGGCUGGCUGUGGAGCUUUAGGCAUUAGACCCAAGACAGUGUAAGGAUCUGUGCUGCUUACAAUUGUACCAGCUGGAACAAAAUCUCUUCAUUCCCUCCUUCUCUGGGCUUUUAUGUACUAUAAACACAAGCUUUCCUGGUAGUCCUUAAUUACAUUGCACUGUUUGAAAAGUGAGACAGACAGCAGAGGUUUAAAAAAAAAUCAAGAAGACUUGCUAUCCCAACAUCACCUCUAGCUAUAUGACUUGGUUAUCUGUUUUCGCUCCUCUAGGCUCCCUUUUCAUGUUUAAAAUGAGAAGACAAAGCAAAGUCCCUUCUAUUGCUAAGACCCCCCCUGUGUCUUUUUAUCUCCUCCAGUUCUGUCUUGAACGCGCAUCCAUGUGGCCCAUCUCCUUACAAUUAGUACACUUCUCUUUCUUCUAUAACCAGAAGUCACUGGAGACCCCUUACCCACUCUUCCAUGCCCCCGGAUACAUGGGUGGGAUGAAAGAAGCUAGGUUGUUCUGCUACCCGAAGGCUUUUUGGCAUCACUCACAUGAGGAAAGCUCCAUGAGCUUACAGGGUUUUAGAAUUAGAGCUGAAAGCUACAUAAAAAAACAUAUGGCUCAGUCUUCUCACCAUUCAAAGGGAGCUCUUGCUCUUUGCUCUUCUUUAGCUUUCAUACACCUGCUCUAUCAAAAUCCUGGGUCACAAUUUGCCUUUGCCUCAACCCUUCAAAUCCCAUGAGCAUAAGUGGCUUUGUGUCUAGAUAGUUGUUAACAUAGACAGCCUUCCGGGAUGGCUAGAAUUUUGGCAUAUGGAAUUUGGAAUUGUAGUUUUAGCUUCUCUGAUAGACCUGCUUCUAGAGAUGUUCCCGGGACAGGUUUCAGCCUCCUGUCUACUUCAGUUACCAGGAGGUGCAGAUUGUGCAUCUCUUCAUUAGUCACUAGACAAACAGUGAGAAGAUCAAGGCCUGGGUAUUGCUGAGUGUUCUAAGGAAUCUUGUUAUUUCCUUGUGACUUGUAAAUGAAAGAGUUGGGGGGAGUUUUGGCAGCCAAUGACCCAAAGUGGUAAACCAUAGAGUGAAUUAAACAAUGGGUCGAACCAGACCUUCUUAUUAGCAAAGACUUCAUUGGUCCAUUCUUUCUCUAACUACAUUCAAGUUAUAUUUUAAAAUCAAGAACCUAAAAUCAUAUGAGAAACCUGAGAUCCAUGUAGCGUCCCUUCUGUGCCAGGACAGAACACAUUGGGACUGGAGCUGAGCCAUUUCAUGCCUGGCUUCCAAAGAUAAUCACGUUUAGCACUUAUGUCUUUGGCGAAGGAAAAAAAAAUCAAUUUUUGCUGUGGAAACCCAUCUGUGUUUAUUCAAUUGACAGAUACUACCUUUCAAUCUAUCUUAAAUUGAGCCUCCCCAAGGCAGGCAGCUCAACAGUGAUAGAUUAAGCAAUAAACAAAGCAGUCUCCCCACCAUGGGCUGCUGCUGGCUGGGAAGGUACUGCUGCCAUUGGGAGCAAUAGUCUACAGCAAGAUGAUCCUCCCUGCUUAGUGCAGACAAGGCUCCUCCCUGCUGGUGAUUUUAUGAUCCCCAUAAAUGGGCAUGGCUCAGCCCACUUCUGGCUGCUCUCGCUUCCCCACUGAAUUGAGCUUUCUGCCUCAUUAGCAAAGCCUCUUUGCCCCACUAAUAAUUUGGUUCUUCAACUUAGAGGCUGAAGAGCCCGUAGGGAAGCGAUUUAGAAGCUGCUACAGACGAAGCCAUGUCUCAUCCUGGUAGGAAAGUGCACACUGAGCACAAGUAAAUGAACUAGACUGUGAGAUGUGGGAGAACCCGGGUUGUAAAGUUCAUGUUUCCGCCAAGAGGAGCAGUUGGUUAUUGGUUUCUGAGCCUCAUCCUGUGUCAGCUGGCCUCUAGCAAAGGAGAUUAUCUUUGUUUAGAGAAUGAUGUGGGGAAUGGCAUCCUCACCUGUGGGCUAAAAGGUGGCGGCUAAGUCACUUUCCUCAGAAGCUGGAUGGAAACAAUUGCCCUGAGGGCCUGACUGUAUGAGGAUUAAAUGAACAAAUCAUGGGUUUAUUUUUAAGGUGUGUGUGUGGGGGGGAGAUGUGCACUUUCUUGCCAUUGGCUCUCUUCACAUAGAUUCUAGAAGGGAGAGGUUGUGAGAGAACGGAUUAGAAUUCACCCUGGGGUUCAGGGAGGGGCAGAGCAUAUUUCACAAAAUUCCUGUAACUUUGGCCCCUUUUUCGGGGAAUGAGCUAGCAGCUGAAAAGAAGCAAGAAUGCCUUACUUUACAGGACAGAUCUCUCUGGCUCUCUGCAUCUGUCUUCUCUCUCUCUCUCUCUCUCUCUCUCUCUCUCUCUCUCU